AUGUCCGAACUUAGUCGCCGUCCCUGGUUUAACCUGGCCCCCAAAGUCUCCCGAGCUAAGCCAAAGAGCGGCGACCACGUUGGAUCUGAGGCUAGCAAGGUGUUUCAGAAACGCUCGCCAGUCCCUACAUUUCCGGAUGGCGUUGAAGUUUUAUACGAGUGCCCCGAAGCAGCGUUUGAUAUUUGCUUUAUCCAUGGCUUGACCGGAGACCGACGAACUACCUGGACUGCUCCAAAAAACACCUGGACUGCAAAUAGACAGCCAUCUCCAUGGCCGCAGGAAUUUCUCCCGGCCGAAAUCACCUCUCGAGCUCGUGUAUUGACUUACGGCUAUGAUGCCUAUGUCUUGCGAAAGUCCGUCGCAUCAUCAAAUCGACUGAGGGACCACGCCACAAAUCUCCUGAAUAACUUGACGACAGAUAGGGCCUCUUGCAACGCAUCGUCAAGACCUUUGAUUUUCGUUGCACACAGCUUAGGCGGGCUUGUCUGUAAGAUGGCCAUACUCCUCUCCCGAAAUAACCCGGACACUCAUCUCCGAGGACUGUUUACUUCCAUAGAGGGUAUCAUAUUCAUGGGAACGCCUCAUAAGGGCUCUUGGAUAGCUGAGUGGUCCAAAAUUCCCGCCAAAGCUCUGGGGAUUAUUAAGUCUACCAAUAAGGGUUUGUUGACAGUGCUGGAGACUGAGAAUCAAUUGAUUCAGUCCCUCCAGCUUGACUUUAUGAACUUGUUGCGUGAAUCUGGGAAUCUCAAAGUGACGUGCUUUUAUGAGGAAUUGCCUCUGCCUGUGGUGGGUAAAGUGGUAUGCAAAGAAUCGGCAACCCUAGAUGGGUAUAACUCCAUUGGUAUCCACGCCAAUCAUAGUGACAUGGUAAAAUUUGCCUCCAAGGAAGAAAAUGGAUAUAAAAGUUUGCUUGGUGAACUUCAAAGAUGGGUGAAUGAAAACAGCGUUGAUUCGGGUUCGUCAGCUACCGGAACAGGUGCAAACAACGAUUUCACGAUAGAUGGCUCGCCGUCUGUGUUUAAAAACUACGGGGAUGGUUUUAUAAACAUUAACAAUGGUUCGGCCACUCAAUAUAACUCCUUCGGCAGUGGUAAUAUGUUCAAUGGCCCCAUCUACGGCUUACACAUUCCUCCACAACAACCCCAUUGA